UGAGCGGACGGCGGCGGCAGCGGCAGCGGCAGUGGGGCCGCAGCGGCCCCGGCCCCGCUCCCGGCCGCUCCCCAUGGGCUGCGGGCCCCGGGGCCAUGGAGCCGUGCGCGGCCCGCAGGGCCCCAGAGGAGGAGAGGAGGGUACGAGCCAACGCCAGGGACUACAACGAGAAGUUCCAGUACGCGAGCAACUGCAUCAAGACCUCCAAGUACAACAUCAUCACCUUCCUGCCUGUCAACCUCUUCGAGCAGUUCCAGGAAGUGGCCAACACCUAUUUCCUCUUCCUUCUCAUCCUGCAGCUGAUCCCACAGAUCUCCUCCCUCUCCUGGUUCACAACCAUCGUGCCUUUGGUUCUUGUCUUAACCAUCACAGCUGUCAAAGACGCCACGGACGACUAUUUCCGCCAUAAGAGUGACAACCAAGUGAACAACCGUCAGUCCCAGGUGCUCAUCAGUGGAGUCCUCCAGCAGGAGCAGUGGAUGAACGUCCGUGUUGGAGACAUCAUCAAACUGGAGAACAACCAGUUUGUGGCGGCUGACCUGCUGCUGCUCUCCAGCAGUGAGCCCCAUGGGCUGUGCUACAUAGAGACUGCAGAGCUGGACGGAGAGACCAACACGAAGGUGCGACAGGCCAUCCCCGUCACCUCGGAGCUGGCUGACACCGGCAGGCUGGCUGGGUUUGAUGGUGAGGUGAUCUGUGAGCCCCCCAACAACAAACUGGACAAGUUCGGAGGGACCCUGUACUGGAAGGAGAGCAAGUACCCCCUGAGCAACCAGAACAUGCUGCUGCGGGGCUGUGUCCUGCGCAACACCGAGUGGUGCUUCGGCCUCGUCAUCUUCGCAGGGCCGGACACCAAGCUCAUGCAGAACAGUGGGAGGACCAAGUUCAAGCGGACGAGCAUCGAUCGGCUGAUGAACACCCUGGUGCUCUGGAUCUUUGGGUUCCUGGUGUGCAUGGGGGUGAUUCUGGCCAUUGGCAACGCCAUCUGGGAGCACGAGGUGGGCGUCUGCUUCCAGAUGUACCUGCCCUGGGAUGAGGGGGUGCACAGUGCCUUCUUCUCAGGCUUCCUCUCCUUCUGGUCCUACAUCAUCAUCCUCAACACCGUGGUGCCCAUCUCGCUCUAUGUAAGUGUGGAGGUGAUCCGGCUCGGGCACAGCUACUUCAUCAACUGGGACAAGAAGAUGUACUGUGCCAAGCGGCACACGGCGGCUGAGGCUCGAACCACCACCCUCAAUGAGGAGCUGGGGCAGGUGGAGUACAUCUUCUCCGACAAGACCGGGACCCUCACACAGAACAUCAUGGUCUUCAGCAAGUGCUCUGUGAAUGGGCACAGCUAUGGUGAUGUGCAGGACGUGCUGGGCCCCAAGGCAGAGCUGGGAGAGCGCCCGGAGCCCGUGGACUUCUCCUUCAACGCCCUGGCCGACCCCCGGUUCCAGUUCUGGGACCCCAGCCUGCUGGAAGCCAUCAAACUGGGGGACCCCCACGUGCAGGAGUUCUUCCGCCUGCUCUCCCUGUGCCACACGGUCAUGUCCGAGGAGAAGACCGAAGGGGAGCUCUAUUACAAGGCUCAGUCCCCGGAUGAAGGAGCUUUGGUCACAGCCGCCAGGAACUUCGGGUUCGUGUUCCGCUCCCGCACCCCCAAGACCAUCACGGUGCAGGAGCUGGGGGCAGACAUCACCUACCAGCUCUUGGCCAUCCUGGACUUCAACCACAUCCGCAAGCGCAUGUCUGUCAUCGUGCGCAGCCCCGAGGGCAGGAUCCGGCUGUACUGCAAAGGGGCUGACACCAUCCUGCUGGAGCGGCUGCAUCCCAUCAACCAGGACCUGAGCAGCGUCACCAGCGACCACCUCAAUGAGUUUGCUGGUGAGGGGCUGCGGACACUGGUGCUGGCCUAUAGGGACCUGGAGCAGAGUUACUAUGAGGAGUGGUCCAAGCGGCUGCGCCAAGCCAGCAGUGCCCGUGAGGCCCGUGAGGACCGCAUGGCUCAGCUCUAUGAGGAGGUGGAGCAGGACAUGAUGCUGCUCGGAGCCACGGCCAUCGAGGACAAGCUGCAGCAGGGGGUCCCUGAGACCAUUGCCAUCCUCACGCUGGCCAACAUCAAGAUCUGGGUGCUGACAGGGGACAAGCAGGAAACAGCCGUGAACAUUGGCUACUCCUGCAAGAUGCUGACGGAUGACAUGACAGAGGUGUUCAUGGUCACCGGCCACACGGUGCUGGAGGUGCGGGAGGAGCUCAGGAGGGCCAGGGAGAAGAUGAUGGAUGCAUCACGUUCCACAAGCAACGGCUUCUAUCAGGAGAAACUGCCCUCGUGUAAGCUCAGCUCUGUGCUGGAGGCCAUCGCUGGUGAAUACGCCCUGGUCAUCAAUGGGCACAGCCUGGCCCACGCGCUGGAGGCUGACAUGGAGGUGGAGUUCCUGGAGACUGCCUGUGCCUGCAAGGCCGUUAUCUGCUGCAGGGUCACCCCCCUGCAGAAGGCACAGGUGGUGGAGCUGGUCAAGAAGUACAAGAGAGCCGUGACCUUGGCCAUCGGUGACGGUGCCAACGACGUCAGCAUGAUCAAGACCGCACACAUCGGGGUGGGCAUCAGUGGGCAGGAGGGCAUCCAGGCUGUGCUGGCCUCCGACUACUCCUUCUCCCAGUUCAAGUUCCUGCAGCGCCUGCUGCUGGUCCAUGGGCGCUGGUCCUACCUGCGCAUGUGCAAGUUCCUCUGCUACUUCUUCUACAAGAACUUUGCCUUCACCAUGGUCCACUUCUGGUUUGGUUUCUUCUGUGGCUUCUCGGCGCAGACUGUGUAUGACCAGUACUUCAUCACGCUCUACAACAUCGUCUACACCUCACUGCCUGUGCUCGCCAUGGGGGUGUUCGACCAGGAUGGUGCCCAGCGUACCCUGUGUCCCCAGGACGUGCCAGAGCAGCGGAGCAUGGAGUACCCCAAGCUCUAUGAGCCUGGGCAGCUGAACCUGCUCUUCAACAAACGGGAGUUCUUCAUCUGCAUCGCUCAGGGCAUCUACACCUCUGUGCUCAUGUUCUUCAUCCCCUAUGGUGUCUUUGCUGAUGCCACCCGCGAUGAUGGAGCUCAGCUGGCUGAUUACCAGUCCUUUGCCAUCACCGUCGCCACCUCCCUCGUCAUCGUCGUCAGUGUGCAGAUCGGGCUGGACACUGGUUUCUGGACAGCCAUCAACCACUUCUUCAUCUGGGGCAGCCUGGCCGCCUACUUCGCCAUCCUGUUUGCCAUGCACAGCGAUGGACUCUUCCACAUGUUCCCCAACCAGUUCCGCUUUGUGGGUACUGCCCAGAACACACUGGCACAACCCGCGGUCUGGUUGACCAUCGCCCUCACCACCGUGGUCUGCAUCAUGCCAGUCGUGGCCUUCCGCUUCCUUAAGCUGGACCUGAAGCCUGAGCUCUCGGACACGGUCCGGUACACCCAACUCGUGCGGAAGAAGCAGAAGAGCCAGCACCGGUGCCGGCGGCACACAGGGCACGUGGGCUCCCACCGCUCCGGUUAUGCCUUCGCGCACCAGGAGGGCUUCGGGGAGCUCAUCAUGUCCGGCAGGAACAUGCGGCUCAGCUCCCUGGCGCUCAGCAGCUUCACCCCCCGGCCCAGCACCGGCUGGAUCGAGACCCUGCGCCGGAAGAAGGGCAGUGAUGGCAGCGCCGCCGGCAGCCCCGGCAGUGCCACCGGCAAGAGCCUCAAGGUGUGAGGCUGGGGAAUGGGGGUCCCCUCGCUCGCAGCUGGGAUCCCCCUUCUCUCCAUGCAGCCCCAAGCAGGAGGACAGAGGCCACACGUGCCUGAGGUGCUGGUGCCGUUUGGACCAUCAUGGUGUAACCAAAAAGUCCUUUUCCCCAUCCCUGGGAGGGACACACGGGCGCUGCCCCCACAGCCCCCCCGGCUGCUCCUCCAUCACUGUUCACCUCCAUGGAGUGCACAUACCCCAUCACACCUGAAUGGACCAUGCCAGAGCCACCGGGGGUGCUGUGACUGCAGCCUCCCCAUUCCCUCCCCACCCCCACGGGUCUCUUUUCAUAUCCAAAUAGAGACAAAACCACCAAAAGAACCCACAAACCCCCCAAAAACAGACGGGGAAGGACAAACCCUCCCUCUGUGGGGCGGGGACAGCAGGGGAUGGGCUGGGAAAGGGGAAGCUUAACCCUAACCCUAACCCUGCCCCUGCGGGAGCAGAGCCGUGAUUCACUCCCACGCCCAGCACCGGCUCUUGCACAACCCCGAGCUGCGCUUCCUGCGGGGGGGUUCGGGGGUCUCCGAUACCAAAGAGGAAUCCGGUUUAGGACGAGCUCAGCCUGGGGCUGGAGUCGGUUUUUGGGGGGGGGGGGACGCGAGGAUCGGGGGGUUCGUUUAUGACACGUUUCUAUCGUCGGGAUGGGAUCGAACUCACGUGACCGCAGCGGACACAAAUGAACCAAAACCCGGCGUUUUCUAUAUAAAACCAAGCACACGUUG